CCAUAUGCUGCUCGGGAUAGUUGUGCAGGUUGAGCUGUUGUGUUGUCACUUUGCAGUAAUGUUUGAGGCACGUUCUCCGCCGGAGCGCAUUUGUGCGUAAUGACGGAAAACGCGCAGUUCACCGGAGCGCGUUAAGCUGCAAACCCGCUCACUUUGUUGGCUUUUUCCACGAAAGAAAGAAAAGAAAGAUGAAGGUCUGUGCAGGGGAAAGCUCGGGACUUGUGCCAAUCAAGAGGACUCGCCGCGGUGUCUUGGCUUUGGAUGAACUGAGUGCGCGCAGAGAGGAGCUGCUGUGAGAAAGCGGAGCAAAAGCUGUGCGUUUUUACAAGCUCGGGGAAGGGGAGGGGAGGGAGAGAUGUCGGGCCGGACCGGAGGAGCACCCCGGGGGUGCAGCAACCCAAGCCUGCAACCCCUCAGAGCCACGGUGCCAUACCAGCUCCAGAGGGGCUCCGCGCUCCUCUGCAGGGAGGUCAAGACGGCGGACCGAACCUCGGCGCGCCCACCGAAGCCCACCAUCCGCAGAACUCUCUCGUUGGACACCAUCGUCGGACCCUACCUGCAGGGACAGUGGCCCAAAGAGGCGGAGGGCUCGGCGGUCGCCUGCGUCAACGACAAAGCCACCCAGACUCCGAGUUCCUGGGUGGAGGAGACGCGGGGAAGGAGGAGCGCUGGCGGGCACAAGCGCUCGGCGUCUUGGGGCAGCGCGGAGCACCUGAGGGAGGUGGCCAAGCUGAGGCAUCAGCUGCAGAAGCGUUCACGCCAUGCACCUCCACCUGCAGGAUAUGAGCUCCCCCUGCCUGCAGGACAAGCUGCAGGCGUCACUCAGACGGUGCCCCUGAUGCCGCUGAACAGGCUCGCCCAGCGGCUGCGACGGAGCGUCGAAGGUCUCAGCUUAGAGCUGGAGGAAGUUUUUGUGUCAGAGAAACCAGAUGAUCAGCUUGAGCUCUUGGAUAUCCCGGACGGUCACAGAGCUCCCGCUCCGGUGCAGAGAUGCAGCAGCGGCUCUCAGAGUGAACCUUCACCAGGACCUCUGGAUGCUUCUCUCCUCUCACCAUCUCAGUCGCCGUGUCCUCUAGAUCCGUCUCUCCUGUCUCCUUCUGCUUCCCCUCAUCCACUAAAUCCCUCACAGUCACCAGUGGCCAAACCAGAUCCUGCGGACUGUGAACCUUUGUGUUCCUCUCCACCAACAUCACCUCCUUUAUUUGCGCUGGAUGCUCCUCUGCUGCAGCCCUGCUCCUCUUCUCCGCGUCCCAACAAAACCUACUCCUUUCAGCGUGAGCCGCCAGAAGGCUGCGAGCGCAUCCGAGUCUGCGAGGAAGCCGUGACUGUUUGUCAGGACGAGCCCCUCCUGCAGCCCUCGUGUCCCGACCCUAAUAAAGUCAACUUCACCCCCCACGGAGGCUCUGCUUUCUGCCCCGUCAGUCUUCUGAAACCCCUGCUGCCCUCCAUGGACCUGCUCUUCCGUGGCCUGUCAGUGUCUCCUGUCACCGGUUGCUCCGGUCAGGCCUCUCCUACCAGGCACCUGGGCAUGCCGUAGGGGGAAAUGUGAGCCAGUCCCCUGAAGAUUAAAGCACAUCGGCCUGCCUGGUCUUGAAGAACCUGGAAGUGUUUUUAAAUGCAGCAUGACGAUGGACAGUGGACUGUCACUGCAUGCCAUGAUCGCAAGGAUUAUUAUAAACUUUAUAUCUGCAGCCUUGAUAUUUUGUUUGACUAAGUUUGGCCUAAAAUAUUUCUGAUUUACUGAUUACUUGUGGGGUGAAUGAUUUUAGCUGAUUUUCUGCUCAUCAGCACUUGCUUUUUCACUAUAUAAGAUGUAGAUUAGACUUCAGAACUUAAGUUAAAAAAAGUUACUGAGAGAAUUUGUCUUUUUGAUCAAGCAUAUGUUGUAGUGUUUUGUCAUCUCUUAGUUACAGGGAUGCGUUCAUAAAUGUACUGUCAGGAAACCAAGCACUUGGAUUACCUUGUAAUAAUUUCUCAGUAUCCUCAGUUGUUGACCAGUAGAAUAUUUUUUGUGUCACUUAAAAGAUGGAAAAAAAAACAUAAUUUUGUAUUUGUUUCGUAAAUCUAUAGUUUGAAACAAAAUUAAUUUUGACCUAUAGUUUUUGAAGCUCUACUUUUUUACAGAUGUUUCUAGAAAGAUAUAUAUUUUUGUAUCUUUGUUUUGUGUUUUUAAAAGUGUGACAUGGGUUGCUAAUAAGCUGAAACCAAGGUUUUCUCAUCUUUACUUGCCUUUUGCGAGCAUUGCUGGAGCCAAAAUUAGUUUUAAAGAGUUUUUCCUGUAGAUUUGGAUUUGUUCUCAGCCUAUGUGGUUUUAAUACCAGCUGUUUUGAAGAAAUAAAAGCUAUUUGAGCUAUUAAAGUACUAAAAAAUGAAAUGAA